CCCGAAAUUCCCUUGGCAGAAAAGCGACAUCUGCUACAGUGGGACAGUGACAUCGCGUACCGGAAAGGAUCAACAAAAAUCUGGGUACCCAAUUACCCUCCUUUGCGCCAGUUACUACUCGAAGAAUACCACGACGUCCUGUACGCCGGACACUUCGGUAGCAACAAGACGCUCACCGGUAUCGCCAAACACUACUACUGGCCCCAUAUGGCAGACGACGUCCAGAAAUUCGUCACCUCGUGUGAUACAUGUCAGCGGAUGAAGAGCAGCAAGCAGAAAAAGGCGGGACUACUGCAGCCUCUUCCUGUCCCAGAACAACCAUGGCAAGUGGUUAGCCUAGACUUCAUCACCGGGUUACCACCUACCUCCAGCGGUCAUGACGCCAUCCUUGUCGUCAUUGACAAGUUCUCCAAAAUGGGACACUUCAUCCCGACACACACGACGGCACGCACCGAGAGACAGCACAGCUCUUCGUUCGUCACAUCAUCUCACAGCAUGGCAUCCCAACCACACUCAUUUCCGACCGAGACCCCAAGUUCACCAGCAAGUUCUGGAAGGAACUUAUGUCUCUCUCGGGACCAAACUCGCCAUGUCAUCCGCAUACCAUCCGCAGACAGACGGACAGACCGAGCGCCUCAACCAAAUUGUUGAGCAACUCCUCCGAGCAGCCUGCAA